AUGCUUGCUCUUGGUGUCAUCAUCGGAAAGUUCGAUGCGAUGCGUCAAUCCUGGGCUCCCCAUGCACUCGAUGCCGACAGGACGGUCGCCAAAAUUAUGUGCUGCAGAUACAAGACGCCAGAAAACCCAGAAGUUCCUCCGCAUCGUGGAGGCCAGAAUCAAGUGAUAUUCAGUCCCUCCGACGACCAGAGCUACUCAGCUCCGAUUUCAAGACCCCUAACAUCUAUUGAGACACAGCAUAAAGAUCCAAAUGGGUCCAGUCCCGCCUUGUCACCACAAUGUGCCAGUGUUUCGUAUAAAGAGUACGCAUUCAUUGAUUCCGCCCAGUUGUUAACACUGUCGUCCGAGGAUACGGUGAUCCUCAACGUUGGUUUGAGCAUUCUGCGUCGGUGCGGAUUCAGCGAUAGGAGAGAUGCCCGGGAGAAACUCUACAAUAGAGCUAAGUUAUUAUUUGAGCUAGGAACUGAGAAAGGGUGCUAUGAAAAUGCACAGGGGGCUGUUCUGCUCACACAUUACACUUCUGCAGAAGACCCUCAAGCCGGGAGUCAAUGGCUAGCAAGAGCUAUUGAAAACACCAUACGUAUCGAUGCCCAGCCCUCGGUAUGGCCAGAAAGAGUGGAAGAAUCACUUAAAAGGCGGCUCUGGUGGUCAAUCCUGCUUCGCGACCGAAGUAUUUGUAUUGGUCUGCGCCGCCGUCCACAAAUAACUUCGAGCACCUUCUUUGGGCGCAACAAUUUGCCAAGCAUAAAAGACUUUGAAGAAGAGCUGCAUAACUCUCUUGUUUAUGAUUAUGAAACCAAGCAGAGCCUGCUCAUAGCGUUCCGGCGACAGUGUGAAUUAGCUGCGCUCCUGACCAACUUGUCCUCUUUGGUUUUUGAUACAUCGCAGACCCGAAAGCCUUUUCUUUCCUUCAUUGAGUUUCAAAACUUAAUGUCAAAUAUCAAAACGAUCAAAAGGUCGCUCAGCAACUGGGAAGAAUCAGUCCAACCUGUCAUCCCCCGGGUUAGGACACCCGAAAGCGACGACGCGACCGCGACAUUAAUCCAUUUGACGAUUAUGUACUAUCACGCCGCCCGGGUUGAUUUAGCACAAUACGCGGCGCUGGUAUUGGAAGAAAAUCUAUUUUACGCAGAAGAUACCUAUAACGACUCGGUCCAAGGCAUCAGCAACGACCUGAGAGAGGCUAUUGCAGGGUUAACGAUUGUGAUGGAAUACUUCAGUGUAGACAAUGACGCUGAUAGUCUUCCGUUAAACUCGGAUAUGUUAGCAUGCCACUCGUUCUGGCAGCUAUAG